AUGUCCAACGAACAAAUCAUUACCGUUACUUACCAAGACCGCGUUGCGAUCAUCACUCUCAACCGACCCGACAAGCUCAAUGCCCUGAACCAGGACCUGUACUACCUCCUGGCCGAACGUCUACGAGAGGUCGAAAAACGCGAUGACAUCUACAUCACCGUCCUAACCGGAACUGGCCGAUUCUUCUCCGCCGGCGCAGACGUAACCAGCAGCCGACCCAACGGCGACCUAAACUCCAACGUCCGCCGCGAACUAGUCAAAUCCUUCGUCGCAAACAACACAGACGUAACUCGAACAUUCUACAACCACACCAAGAUCCUCGUCGUAGCCCUGAAACGGACCCGCCCCCUAGUCGCCCACGCAGACUUCAUCUACGCAACACCACACACAUUCAUCCUAACACCCUUCUCCUCCCUGGGCCUUGUAGCCGAAGGCGGCGCAAGCCGCGCCUUUGUCGAGCGUCUCGGCAUCGCCAAGGCGAACGAGGCACUGCUGAUGAGCAAGCGGAUUCCGUGCGAGGAUCUUGUAUCAACUGGAUUCGUGAAUAAGGUUAUUCAGGCACCUUCGGGAAAGAAGGAUGAUUCGGAGGGCUUUUUGAAGGCGGUUCUUCAUGAGGUUGAGGAGAGGUUGGGGUCGCAUUUGAAUCAAUCUAGUCUUUUGAAGAUCAAGGAGUUGGUUCGUAGGCCCGAACGGGAGCUGCUUGAUCGUCAGAAUGGGAUUGAGGCGUUUAUGGGUCUUGAGAGGUUUCUUAGUGGGGUUCCUCAGGAGGAGUUUCGGAAGUUGGCUUCGGGUGAGAAGAAGCAUAAGCUUUAG